AAAAAAUUUUUUUGCAACAAAAAAAAAAAAAAAAAAAAAAGUAAGAAAAACCUGCAGCAGCGCCAGCCUCCAGAGAGAUUAAGAAUGAAAUUGAUUGAAAAGAAAGUUGAUGGCAAUAAACCAACCCCGACCUAUUCGGACUUAACUGUUAAAAGUGGCAACAGCAGUAACGUUACAAUUGCUUCUCAUGCCGCGAGCAGCAGCGGCGGCGGUGUAAUACCGAAAUGCAGAAAUUACACGAAACUCCUUUGCGAGUUAACUCGUCUCAAAGCGCAACAAAAAUAUUUAGAAUGCAAUCAAAUUAAUUUAUUGCCGGAGAAUUUCAUGGACAAUGUCGAUACGAAUAAUACGAAUAAUGCCAGUAAUGCUUAUUCAGCUUGUGAUAAUAAUACGGACAUAGUCGGUCUUAUUAAUGAAAUCAAUGUUUUGAAAUCGGAUCUGAAUAAUGCUUUUCUCGCCUAUCAUCAAGAAUUGCAAAAAUCGGUUAAAGAUUUUUAUUGCUCCGUAAAGGAAAUCAAAGAAGACGUUUUUAAACCGCAACGUUUACGUCAAUUUUCAGUGAAUAAUUUACGUGAGCGGACUAUUGGCAUACACACGCAAUUGGAACGUUUAAGAGCGCGAAAUAUCAAUGAAAUUACAACAUUAAGAGACGAAUGCGAAAAAUUGGAGAAUGAAACGAAAAUUUUAAUAAAAUAAAAACAAUAAAGAAAACCGUUUCACAAGAGAACAAAAUUUCUAUCCGAUUGGAUGCAAAGUGAGUAAGAAUUUCUUUGUCGUGGUUUUUUUUUUUUUUGCAGUUAGUGUGCGCUUCAUUGUUAGUUUUGGAGAUUUUAACAAAAUUAAAACACUUCUGUCUUAUCUCAAUCGAUCUACAACUGUAGAUUUCAACGACAAUUGUCUCGAUUUCAGGAGCUUUUAUGCCUCUACUACAAAAGAAACUAUGAUCUCGCCAGUCAGUAUCGUUCGCAAGAGCGUUUAAUUAAUUGAAAUUGUUUUGAACUGAUCGAUCAAAAUUAUUUUUGUGUCGAAAAUUUCGAUAGUCCUGGUAACCAAGUGGGCGACAUUCAGAUCGAUAUACAAGCCGUAGCUUU